AUGAGCGAGCAGAAAUGGCAAGUCAAAACAGGGUCACAAAACGUAGAGCCUGCUGCAGGAUCGGUCGAAAUUCCAGAACGGCAGUCUGUAGCUAGUCUAAGAGAACAGAUAGCAAAUAAAUUGGAAGUUAAAUCUCCAACAAGCAUAGAAGCGGCAGCGAAGAUCACUUUCAAUCCGUUAUCGCCAGCUGCGGUACGCAAUGGUGACGCUAAGUUAAAUUCUGCGCCAACGUCACCAGAACAUGCGGUUGCAGAAAUGCCACAGCUAAAGCCGGCUGAAGAAGGCAGAUCUGAAAAACCAUUACUGGUAAACAUCACACCACAUGGUCUUCACCAAAUUGUUCAUGAACCUAUGAAACGGCAUGUUUCACGUAUUACACCUGUACCCUUCUGCAGACCAACGUUAAGCUUCUCGUCGUUGAACACAACGGAAUAUGACAACACAAGUUUUACACAACCCAACUACACCUCGACCAUUACAGAGAAAACUCUUCUAUCUCCCGAAGCUAAAUUUGCAGACCGCAGCAAGCGUGCUGCUAGCGAAUUCACGAUUAGGAAUACGCUGAACAGUGAUGACGUCACCCCAAUGUACGCUACACUUAGUCGUACCCAUGAAGUAGUACGACCUAUAUUUAAAGAGGCUGACGAUUUUGUGGUAAAGACGGAUGCGGUUAAACCUUCUGGUGUCAACGAAGGUUUAAAUAGCCAAGUAAAUGAACCGUCAUGCAGUAACGAUUAUCGCUUCAACAUUUCGAACAAUGCCGUUAGCCCAUCGCUGGACCAAAAACGUGAAGAUACGAAGGCCUUGAAAGAAAACAAUGAACAAGCAACUGUUACAUCUGCAACAGCAAAUGAGUCUCAAUCACAAAAAGAGAAUGGACGAAAUACGGGUGUUAAUGACGAGAAUACAGCAGUACAUCCUUUGAUUGGUGACAUGUAUCGAACAGAUCUCAGAACAGCUAUGAUGGAUCUAACAGAAAAAACCGAGAACAAAUUGGAGGCUGAGCCUAGUUUACAUAAUAGUCAAAAUGUAGGGUGUAGUGGUAGACCCGCCUCACUGCCGACAUUUAUGCAAACAGACCAGAAAGCUGGAACGCAAGCCGAGGCUAGGGACUGGUGCUCGUUGAACGGCCGAACUGCUGCCGCUGCCACCGUUGCCGCACAAUAUCUUUCAACGGCAUCACCUUCGUCUUCAGCAAAACAUGAGCUUACCGAUACGUCGCUUUGAAUCGCUGCUCGCUCCUUAUUUUUUCCGUUGCUUCUGCAGUUAGAGGUUUUCUGA